UUACGGUGCGUCGCGCGGCGUGUUACGGUGGGCAGAGGGGCGCGCGUUUUCUACGUUAAAGGGCAGCGCGUACACACGCGGGGGGACGCGUCUCGUCUGUUGUGGCGUCGCUGCGGAAGUGCGGAGGGCGCAUACGGGCGUAGAAACGUAAAAGACUCCCCUUUGUCAAACGCGCUUUCUCUCUCUCUCUCUCUCUCUCUCCCUCUCCCUUUCUUUCUCUGCCGGGUCCCUCUGAGCGGGUCGAAGCACGCGUCCCUGACAUGCGGCCGGCGAGCGUCAGGACGAGCCAUUGUCCGUGCCGUUUGACACUCGGGGCAACGGCCAGCAGCAGCCGCGCAGACGACUCUCCCCGCGGUCACGCCGAGCGAGCGAGCGAGCUGAACUCAUCGGCCUGAACUUACCUGCAGCGGAUCGCGACGCAGGAGGAGGAGGCUGCCGAAUCGGGGAUAUUCUUACGGUCUUUGAGAAUGGAGCACGGAGGAGAGCUGGUACGAAGGGAAUAGGACGCCAUGUUACGCCCUUGUAUCGUCGAGAUCACCGUCAACUAAGUUUCACAUAUCUCCGGCCCCGUAAUACACUCAUUAUUUAUGAAUGGAUGGAGCUGCGACGGGAAUUGGAGGAGGAUCGGUUGCGGACCUGGGAAAUCUGGAAGGAUGGUGGUACAAUCCGGGGAUCGCGGCUUGGAGCUUCGUGCUCUUCGGCUGCUUUCUCCUCAACGCGACUCUUCUGCUCGCGUUUCUCGUCAGACCGGGACUGCGCACCAUCUCUAACAGGUGUCGGACAUUAUCAACAUUCCAUGUUGAAGACGGCCUGUUUUGUCUCAAUUUCAGAUUCGUGAUGAAUCUAACCGUCUCGAAUCUGCUGACAUGCGCUGUGCUGAACCCGUUGCUGAUGCUGGACAGCCCGGCGGUAGAAGACACGUUGACGACGUCGACGUCGACGCCGGACGACGUCCUGUCGCCGUUCGGUCCGACGACGUCGACGUCCGCAUCGACUGCCAGCAAUAUCUGCGCGAUAUCGGAAGGUGCCACCGCGCUCGUCACCACGUCGUCAGUGCUAUCGGUCCUGCUGAUCGCCAUUGACCAGUAUUUCGCCGUGGUGGACCCACUGCGCUACCGGGCCCGAGUCGACAAGCUCAAGUCCGCCGUGCUGAUCGUCUCCAUCUGGCUAGUCUCGACGGCCUUCGGCUUGGUCGCUGCUUUGAAUCCGAGUCCGCGUAGCCUGUGGUUGUCCUGCAGCACGACGGCGGCGUCGUUGAACGGUUCGUCCUACCGCGAACACGUAUUCGCGUCAAACGUUACCGCGACGGCGGAGACGUCGAUCGAAUCCGCGUUCGCGUUCUUCGGCAACGGGACCAGCGAGGAGCAGGAGGAGGAGGAGAUCGACGGCGCGACGUCGACGUUGCUUAAAACAAUCGAGUCGAUCAAGAUCGACAGCAGCGUCGGCCUCCUCGAAAACUCCACCAUGAUUUUCCGCACCAUGACCAACGACUCUGUCACUUACGGACUCAUUUAUGCGGUCGUACACAGUGUAUUCGCGUAUCUACUUCCAUUCGCCGGUGUUUGUUGGAUUUAUAUUAGUAUCUAUUCGGCCGCGCAUCGAAACUCCCAGAGAACUCGCAGGACUGGCUCGCGACCGAUUCUUUCGUCGGGCAGCUUCAGCGAGGAUCCGUACGGUUACGUGAGGCCGCAGCAUCAAUCCGUCGACGCGUUCCCCGAAGAGUUUCGUAGAAUACCCAAGAUCUCGAGUCUCUCGUCCAUCGACGAGACGAGCGAGACCACGCAUUCGGCCAAUCAGAUAUCACGCCGGAGAUCCUUUUCAUCGUCCUCGGACGCGGCGCAGACGGGAUCGAGUGACGAAAAGACGACAUCGGGCGUCGUCUUUACGGUAGGACUGCAACCGGUGGAAGUGUCGACGUCGCGCGAUCAAGACAACGAUAAUAAUUUGACGGAGGCAGCGGAUCUGCAGACAAACUACCUCAAGAAGGAACGCGGUGUUUCGUCCUACGAGGACUUCGUUUCGAACAAGUUUCGCAAUUCGGAUGCGGAUCGCAGACGGAAAUCUUCGUACGAUCUAACGGACGAGAUCGGGGAAUCAUCCAGAUGGAUCGCCGGGGCGGACUCAAGUGAUUCCGAAUCCGAGGACGACGAGCGACGUUACGGUUACUUCGACUCUUUGAAAGUUCCUAGAACAACUCGCAAGAUCGCAGAUCGAAGAUCCUCCGACUGUCUCCUCUCGGUCGCCGGAUGCGAGAGGACAGACGAGCCACAUGAUGACGCGGAAGAUCUCGAACGAGAUUCUUUCAAGACGACGGCUUGUCGCAUCGACGAGGAGGAGAUCUCUGUCACGGUCAAGACGACAGAGCGAGAACAGGCGCAAAACGAGGUCUCGAAUUCCAGCGGUGGCUCAGAGAGCAAGCGAUCUAGACGACCUAGUCGCCGUUUGUCGAGACCCAGCGUCUUGGACGCCAACGUGGAGUCAUACACGAUUGGUAGAAACGUGGAGAACAUUGGGACCAACAGUCCGGAGCCCUCGUCUUGCUUUCUGACGCCCAUCGUGACAAUCACGCCGGCGCCUGGCAAGCCGGGCACGCUGCACCGAGUGGCCAGUGUACGCAGCACCAACAGCUACAUCAAUUCCCUCAAGCACCGGAUCAGCAACGGCUCCCUGUUCAGGUAUCGCGAGGAGACCCGGGCGGCCAGAAUCAGCGCGCUGGUGAUCGUAAUGGGCCUGAUCUGCUGGUCGCCGUACGUGCUACUGAGCAUGAUCAAGAAUCUGCCGCAGUACUCGGAUUACGUGUUUCCGCACGAAUACGACGUGCUCGCGCUCAGCUUCCUGAUCCUGGCCGCCUACGCGAGCCCGUUGCUCUUCGGCUAUCGGUCCCGGCGGGUGAAGCGGGAGCUGCGCAAGUUCUUCUGCUUCCAUCGCGAGCUCUCGUACAAGAACAAUCGCAGCCUGAUGGCGAAGAAGGUGCUGAAGCGCCGGCACAGCAGCACCCUGAGCCAACUGGAGAUGGACCAUCGUUACAACAUCUUCAACUGCGUCUACGGCAGGAGUAGGUGGCCCAAGGAGAAGGUGCAGUUCGUCCAGGUGCCGGACACCGCUCUCGCCGUGGAGACCUGCAGGAGCAGCUUCUCCAGCGGCGCCAGCACGCAGAUCUCCAGCACGUCCACGGAGGAGUGUUGAAUCGCGAUGGAUCUCGCGAAACUGCGCGGAGUUUUACGCGUCGAAAUCGCGAGAGAACUGAUUCCUUCGGUGAUCGAUGCGAUCAUGCGAGAGAAAGAACACGCACGAUGCGGAGGGAGGUGGCGUAAAUUAUGGCUGCGUUUACGUACGUGGUACAAGUUCGUUGAGGGACUUCGAGCGAUCGAGACAAUAAGUAAAAAGAAAUAAAUAAUGUUGCCGCGGACGAAAAGGCAGUUUGUGGUUUUUUGAUAGACGUGAGUCGGCAUACUUUCGCAGUUCGUCACGGUUUUUAAAUGUUCCAGAGAUAAAUUAUUGUAUUUUCCAACAAUGUGGUGUGAAUGAGAUCGAACGUUUGUGUUCCGAGCAGUCGGCGGCUCGUUUCCACGAUUACGUGUGAAUUCAAUUGUCGCGUUAAACGCAUUUUUCCUCCGACACAUUUUUUUUUCGCUUGCGCGUAACGAGAUUUGGCGGAAUAAAAGUGCACCGACGCAAUAAAAAAACGUUUAUUUUUAGCGAGACGUUGCCGCAUAAAAGCCGAAUAAUAUUGCGUCGGCACGAUCGCCUUGUGCGGUAAUGAAAAUAAACACACAAACACACUCGUUGCGUCUCGCGCAUUGGCGAGCCGGCGCCAUGUGAAACCGUUAUUCGAUAUUCGUUAAACGGAAGUAGGUAUCCGUUUUUAGUAUUAAGAGCAUUACCGCGCUAAGUCGUCAGGUGUUAGCCGGCUCGGGAAGUAUUAGAGUUCGCCGAACCCGUAAAGGAGGCUUUAGUCUUUACACUUAUUGACGCACUGCAUCCACAUAUACUUUCUCCCCUCUCUUCCCUGUCUCCUCUUUUUUAUCUGCGUCUAUCGACGUAAUUGCGGCAGCAUCGUCCGGCGCACGCAGGUAGAUCAAUCUGGUUGCAGCGGCGUGCACUCUUAAGCGGCUAUUUAUUCGCAGAACGUCGAACAUGUGUCGUCCGUACGGUUUCUGCAUGUAGAUAUGUACACAGCAUUUCUCAUGACAAAACCCCUUCGUCGAGGCGGUCCCGUCGAGAGGACACUCCGCGACUCUUCUCCUCCUUCCCCCGCGAUUCUUACUUUUGUAUAUUACAAGUGUAGAGAUUCGUUUAUUUAUAUUAAAUAAUUUGUACAUAGAGAGAGAUGGACGAGCGAAUCUCAAGUGCUGCUAAUCCCAUACGUAGAAUUACUCGCAUCCUGUGUGUAAUGUUUCAUCAGCGUGGUCCGUACCAUUAAUACUAAAAUGUAUGAUGCGUUAGUACCGUUUUGUAUUAUAUCCGCCAUGGUGAACUCGACAGGCUGUCUGUGACAUGUGAUAACACCAAAACCAAUAUUAGCCACUUAAUAUUAAUUUAGCUUAAUAUUAAUUUAUGUGACUUUCUCAAUAAAACACUUUGCAACAUGCAAUCCGUGCUGAAUGAA